ACGGAGCGGCGGCCUCAGCCAUGGGCGCAGGGCCUGCGGGGGCGCCGAGGGGACUCGAGGAGCGGCCGUGGAGGGCUGGGGAGACAGCAGCCGGGACUGGCCCUCGACGCUGAGUCGCGGCAGGGACUCCCCUGGCGCCGCGAGGGCCCGUGAGCUCGAGCGCAGCGCACGGAGGGAGCCAGGCAGUCACUGGCCACUUCACGGGGGCUCCGCCUCGCCUUCCUGGACGUGUGGACACAUCGCGGGGUGGGGAGAGGGUAACUGUGACUCCCGCCCGUGGCACGUUUCCAGGGUCUCCUGAGGCCGCCGCAUAUCCCCGGAGGCCACCUGGGGCCCAACGCCGCCUCGGUCGAGCCCCGGGGUGGCCCUGGAUGGCUGAACUGCCCCCUCGCCGGCCGCCCGGGCCCCGCAGCGGCUGAGGUUGCUGGGAUCGCCCGGUCGCCGCCGCCCUCGCCGCCCCCUGCAUGCCUGGUGCUCGGGUCGCCGCCCACUUGGACGCUCUGGGCCCCCUGGUCUCCUCCGUGCAGCCGCCGCUGCUGCCCUCUAUGUUCUACGUGGGCCUGUUCUUCGUCAACGUGCUGAUCCUGUACUACGCCUUCCUCAUGGAGUACGUCGUCCUCAACGUGGGCCUCGUCUUCCUGCCCGAGGACUUGGACCAGGCGCUCGUGGACCUCGGCGUACUCUCCGACCCCGGCUCCGGCCUCUACGAUGCUGACUCGGAGCUUGACGUCUUCGAUGGGUACUUGGAGUGAGGUCUGGACUACCGUUCUCUCCACCAUCUGCAGCCCUCAUCCUGGACCAGCCGGUCACACCGUGCCGCCCCUGUUUAGGGGGGCACUGUCAGGACCGGGAUGGGACCCCAGGAGGAGGCCCCCCACGGCCUCCAAAGCGUGCCUGCUUCCCCCGAAAGCUUCGUGCCAACAGAGCAGCUUCCGUGCCGACCCAGGAGAGAAGGCGAGAUUGGGACUGUGUGCCAGGGCGGGGAAGGUGCCUGCCUCUGCAGAAUGGGGAAGGUCACCAGCAUCUGGAGACCUCCCCCUGCACUCAGGCCACGUGGUCUUGGCCUUGGUUCAUGACUGUGCGCUGUUGCAAUGGGUGUUUACAGGAACCCAGCCAGAGUUUGCCUCACUGCACUUCAGCCCUGACCUCACCUCUUCCCAUACUUACCCUCGAAGAAGAUGCUUCAAAUCAGGACGCACACAAAAGCCACUCCCAGUGCCACUGUUUGAUGCCUGGCUGGGUUUGGCCUGAGGCUGGCCUUAGUUACUACUUCAGGGUGUGGUGUGAGGAAGAGGCCGGGGAUGUGUCGGGGGCCAGGGUAGGGCUUGAUUCAUCAUUGCAAGUUGCUCGUUUUUCAUCAGGUUGGCAGGACUGAGAUCCCGGCUGGGGAUACCAUGCUGCUCCUCAGCCAGAAAUAUAUUUUUGAAAAUGUGAGUUGUGUGAAUACUUGAUUUCGAUAAACCUGUAAAAGCAAUACUUAGGAGGCUGACUUAUUUCAAUUAAAAAAUGUAUGCAACUCCAGUCCCUCUGGUGCCCUGCCUGGUUUAUUUCCUUUGAACUUUAGAAAAGGGGACUUUGUGGUUGACAGAGGGCAGAAAGGUCAGAGGGCCCAGUUUGGAGAUCCAGUAGGGAGAAGCCACCCUAGCAGGGUAAGCAUGAGAUUCCCCAACUGGCCCCUCCUCAGCUUCUGCCAGUCUGACAGGCCAAGGGCAGCCUUUGGGAUGUGCUAGGAAAAGCCUAGCAGCCGUGUGAAACUCGAACCUGGAUCCCACGGGAGGGGCAGUGUGGAGUCCCCAUGGACAGGUGGCAGACCUCCAAUAAAGAGGGGCAGGAGGGAGGGAGGGGAAUAAACAAAUAGUGCAGUGUCAGGCAAAGAGUGGUAAUUCUCUCUGAUGUUCAGAGCACCAGAGAUUUUCAAGGGCCCUUCACAUAUAACAGGUUAUGAAACCAGGUGUGGUGGUGCACACCUGUAAUCCUAGCACUCGGGAGGCUGACAGGAGGCUCUCCAGCUCAAAGCCAGCAUGGGCUACAUAGUGAUAGCCUGUCUCAAAACAAAACAAAACAUAAAUAGCAAUGAGGCCCAUUUUGCAGGCGAGGAGACCGAAGGGUGGAUGUGACCCUAGGGGAAGCCCAUGUUGCUGUGUCUUCCUGAGACUCCAAGGAAAGGGACAUGAAGACAGUGGAGAGGACCAGGAAAACAGCGAGCACAGGGAGGGAGGGGCUUGUGCUGGGAGACAGGCCUGGGGGAGAGGUGAGGGUUGAGAAGGUGCACGGACCCUGCAGACGUGGCCAUGCCUGAGCUUCACUUCCGGCCCCAUAGGUCGGGGCUCAGAGACCAAUUCCAGCACAGGGCACCCUCACCAGUAGACUCUCCAAAGAAGUCAGAGGUCAAGUUCACAUCGACUCCUUCUCUUGUAAAGAUACGACCUCUAAAUGUCCCGUCUCUGGCACGGGGUCAUUUACCCACCUGUUAGGAUGACUGCGUGUUAAUUACAAAACGGCAGCUCCACACCAAGACUCUCAACUUGUCAAGCAGAGCUCAGUCCGGUGCUCAGUCCUCAUCUACCCCCUUGGCCAGAUGCCUUUGCACAGUGCACAGACUGCCCAACCACACCUGGCUGCCCUGUCCAUAUAGCCACUUAAAUUUUCUAAGAGACCAACCUGCCAGCUCAGGAAACUGGAACAUCUUACCUCUGUGCACUUAGUACACAGCUGUCGAAUGGAUAAAGCAAAGGCCCUUGCUGGCACACAAAGCUCAGCAGUGAAGAAAGCAGGCUAGUUCCCUGCCCUCCAGGAACGCACGUCCCAUCCCACGACAGGAGCAGGUGACACAAAUAAGUGUGAAGAUAAUCUAGUGAUCGGGUGGGAGAGGGGCUCUGUGUGGAGUACAGUGGACAGAUAGACCGACCCCCCAGAGUGAGUCCUAGAGAGCCAGAAGUCAGCCCUGUGAAGGACAAACAUUCCAGGCAGAAGCAAGAAUGAGACAAGGCCGGAUGAAAGAAGGGCCACGAAAAGACUGAGCUGUGUGCCAGGCUUCUGCUCACUGGACCCUCACAGGACCCUGUGAAGAAGGUACUGGGAUUUCGCCCAUUGUAUAGGCCGAGGCUCAGAGAAGUAACUUCCAUAAGAAAGUGUCAGGCUGGCACGGAGGCCAGAUGGUCCAGCUCUAGUCUGGGCUCCUGACCCCUGGGCUACCUCCCUGUGGAGUGGGAGGGCUUAGCACAUCGGCUGGCAUAGCAGUCACAGUCACCAAGAUUGAUCAGGUGCUCACCAUGGUCUCGUGCUGGCUCACCAUGGCCAUCGUGAAAACUCAUCAUGAAUAAUUAGUCUCUGACCUCAUUUUGUCAUUUCCGAAAGGAGAAAAGCAGAGGACACA